AUGCGCUUUCUAUUUUAUGCAACUGUUGGAAUGUCCUAUCUGGAGACACUUCUCUGGCAGCGUGCCUCAUUUGUAUGGAAGAACAGCCAUCUGCCAAGCUAUCUCGGCCCAACAUUGGGGCAGCUCAUUCACUUGUUUAUACUGCUUGUGGUAAAUAGUCUUACCGUUUUCGGCCUCUUUGUCCUCCUGGUUAGGAGCCUUUGGUCGAUUGGAUCUAACACAACCACCAUUGAAACUUGGGAAAUCGAGAGACAUGCUACUCUUGUCCGUCGAGCUCGUGUGCUGGGCGGGUAUCUUGAGGGUCCUGGAGGGAUUCGAGUUCACAUAAAAAAGCAGGAAUACCCGUACGACAUUGGGAUUUGGGCCAACAUCAAACAAAGUAUGGGCGGGAGCGCGAAUUUCAUAAGCUGGUUCUGGCCCCUAGCUGCGACACCCGAUCGCCAAACUGGCUGGGCAUUUGAGACCAAUGACUUUGAGGACCCUGGUGUGUCAUGGCCACCUCCGGAUCCAGAUCGCAUCCCGAUACCAGCUAGUGCAAGGCCAUCACGUAAUAUCAGCAUGCCUACAUACGCAACUAUUCAGGAUGAGAUUGAUGCCUUCAACCGUCGCAAACAGGAAGACAUGAAGCGAUUCCAGAAAAGUCCAGGUCUACAACGUCGCAAACCGUUCCACGAUCGCUACAAAAAGGACGACAGUGCUCAAAGUGAUAGCGAUGAGUCCGAAACUGACUCCGAGGGUGACUCAGAGGGCGAAGAGGCCUGGCGAAACGCCGAAGGAGAACGACUACGCGACUUCGGUGUAGAUGAGGAAGCAGAAUUCUAUGAUGAGGAAGAUAUCCCUCUUGGUGUUCUCAUUGAGCGACGGAGGCAGCAGCAAUCUGCUAAUUGA